CAGGCGACAUGGAAUUUUCGAACUUCAGGAACCACCCCCAGCGAAUCCGUGCUCGAGUUCAAAGGGCGCGUGUCGUCGGUGGAGGAAUUCAAAGUGCACAAUUUCCAGAAUGCCGUAUUUCCGAUCUCGUUGAUCCCACUGGAAAUAUGAAUGAUUUUGAAAAAAAAAUUCUGGACCAACGAGUCCAUUCAUCGUCGCGGUCUCAAUUUAUUCUAUUCCAUGUGUGUUAUGUAUCGUAUGUACGCCUGGAAGGGUUGCGGCUACGAUAAGAUCUCGCAUCUUCUUGUUUGCCAGCGUCCUCUGUCUUCUGCAUAGAAAUGCACUUAACGCAACGGAGCUUUUACCGCGCUGUACCGACGAUUGCAUGCACUUACGCGAUGGCGGUAACACAGAUUUUCAAGCUUUGUGAGUUGUGAACGGUAAUGUGAUCAUGAAAAGACAACCCUUACCGGCGAACACGUACGAUUUUUUAGUUACGUUUCAGUCACAAAUGAAGAAAGGAACGUCGCCACACUCGGUUUGUCGAUUCAACCAUUGUGACCCCACCGUAACGUUCAUUAAAAAGGUCAUACCGUGUGAUUAAACACGUGAUGACUCUUAUAAUCCUGACAAACUCAAAAAGUGUCGUUUACCAAUCGAUCGUCUCGAACGACCCUAUCGAAUGUGAUACGAAUAAAUAAGUUAAUUUUUGAUGACCGCACCUUCUACGGGACACUCGGGGCUCUCGGUAGCAGCGUCACGUUCCUGGACAUUUGGGCAGGCUCGGGGGUGGCGCACGAGAUCAGCUGUUCAGUGACAGUUUGCCAGUCGCGGUCGGAUGGUGGGGGAUGGUGUGGGACAGGAAAGUCAACAUGGCCGCUUGCUGAGCACAAAUCGUGUCGGACUAAAACGUAGGAUGCUGGAGCUUGAGGUGGUACCCGAGAGGUCCCUCGGCUGCGAGCAGUGGGAAUUUAUUUUAGGAAUGCAUUUCUCUCAAUCCGUAGCAAUAAUACAAUCACAAGUGGGCAUUAUAAGGGGAGUACAAGUUCUCUACAGUGAUACUAAUCCAUUAGAAGUAGACCUAGUAAUAAAUUUACCACACGACGGAGUGAGACUUAUAUUCGAUCCGGUGGCGCAGAGGUUGAAAAUCAUUGAAAUCUAUAACAUGAAGCUAGUUAAACUCAAAUAUUGUGGUCUACCCUUCAACUCGCCAGAAGUACUUCCAUCCAUUGAACAAAUAGAACAUUCUUUUGGGGCUACUCAUCCUGGCGUAUACGACAGCGACAAACAGGUAUUUGUCCUGAACUUCCGAGGUCUGUCCUUCUACUUCCCCAUAGAUUCAAAAUUCCAGCCAGGCUAUGCACAUGGGUUGGGCUCCCUACAAUUUUCUAAUGGAGCCUCACCAUUGGUUGCAAAAACAGCUAUUUACGUUGGGAAUAACAUAGCUACGGGAGCGGCCACCGGGGCUGAAGAACACAGUCUUAAGGCGCCGCCUCCACCCUUACCUCUCGUAUGCUACCACAAUAACUUGUACUUGGAGAAGGCUGAGGUUGUUAGGGACAAAAUUCAUACACGCGGCUUGAGAUUGCACCUGUUCACCGAGGGCAGCUCAGCCACAAGGGUUCUACUGGAGCCUAAAAAACAUCGUUUUACCAAAGAGGUGUUGUUUGGGGAUUCGUGCGAAGAUGUCUUGAGUGCACUUGGUGCACCUUCCCGAGUAUUUUUCAAGGCAGAAGACAAGAUGCGAAUCCACAGCCCGCAUGCACACAAACGGGACAAAACCCGACGUUCUGAUUUCUUCUACAAUUACUUUACCCUUGGCUUGGACGUUCUGUUCGACGCAAAAACUCAAUGGGUGAAAAAAUUUGUACUGCAUACAAAUUAUCCAGGGCAUUAUAAUUUUAAUAUGUACCACCGUUGUGAAUUCACUCUAAAUCUACCCCCGGAAGCCAGUUCCGCUGCCGAUUCUGGGAAACUAAUUGAUGUUUCUCCGUCCCCAGUCACGAUCACUGCCUAUACAAAAUGGGACAGAGUAAGCGAGCAGUUGAAGGCAAGUGCACGACCAGUUGUAUUAAAUCGCGCCUCUUCGACAAACACAACAAAUCCAUUCGGAUGUACAUUUUGUUAUGGGGUACGAGAUGCGAUCGUUGAAGUAAUGGCUAAUCAACAUAUUGCCAGUGUUACUUUAUACGAGGCAGCGUGACCCUUGUAAACAAAAUUGCUUGCAAUAACUUUUUUUUUUGCCACUUCUCCAUUCGUGGGAGAAAAUAUAUAAUAAAUUAAAAAGAAAAAAAAAAAUUAUUAUUAAUAAUAUCAAUAAUCUUUCUAAGUAUAUGUCGUAAGUAUCAUAGUUUAUGUGAAAAAUUGUUUACAAUGCAGGAUAAGGAAUAUAGAGUUAUCGUUAGGAUGAUUGAGUAAUUUUCUCACAAAACUUUCGCAUUAGUUAAAGUAUCAAAAAGUCAAAGCCCAUUUCUCUGAAAUAGUCCGUCGCAAGGUAUAUUCUGGAGAAUAUCAAACGACCAUCCAGGCAGUCGAACACCCAUAGAUGAAAAAGGGGACAAAAUACUGAUCGCUAUACGAUUUUCAGCAGUAAACCUCUCGAACUUGAACACUUUAGUGGUACGGUGGACACACGUACACAUUAAAUUAACCUUUUGGAGGAUUGAGUGAUUUUCAUAAUAAAAUCUCCCAAGACCUCUCCGUAAAGAAUUGGGAAUUCUGGUGUAGAUUCAAAUUCGAAAGAAGAUAACAUGUCGAACACUUAACUCUGCUCCGUUAACACUUUCUUCACAUAAACACGAAGUGGAUAUAGGACCAUUCAUUGAUAGAUUAUGAACUCUAUUUUGUAUAGACUCAUAAAUAGAUGCAGACGAAUCUGUGAAUGGAUAUCUCCUUACAGUAUGGAAAAAUAUUAUGUAUAAUGGAAUCAGGUUUACAGAACGUUCACAAAUUUACCUAUUCUGCAUGGGUACGGCAAAUAUCAUUACGUUCAGAUUCAGUACAAUAUUCAGGUAAACAGUCAUUGAAACUCCAUAUUGGCGCUGUGAGUGGCUGUUUUAUUUUUGCUCAACUUGUAUUCUGGAUAAUAAGCUAUUUAGAAAUCAGAAGACGUUAAGUACGAUUUUUGGAACUUUUAUUAGUUUUCACUUCUCACAGUAGACGAUGGUUUGGGUUCUUAAGUACUCAAAACCUGUUUAUAUGUAAUCAGAAUCAAUUUUUGGGAUGCCUGGAAUCUAUUUUACAUAAUAGUUUCAAUACGAGAUAUUGAAUAUACCCAUAUACUUUCAUAAUAUGCUUAAUAAUCGUAAUUGAUAUAAAUACUACUUGGUAAUGAAUUACGUGAUGUAAGUCAACCCCUUUUCUGCCCCCCCCCCCCCCCCUAGCGUAAAAAUAGAAAGUAACUAAUAAAAAAAUUGCAUAGAUAGUGUAGUUAAAAAUUAUACAAAUAAUCGAGAAUGAUAAUUGUAACUUAUGAAUUUAACAUUUAAUUUUCGUAACUGAAUUUUUCUAACGCGUGAUUUAAGAAGGAAGAAAAAAAAGGCGAGAACAGAAAAUAUUAAUUAUAACAAUUGUAGCAACGCUAGAGUGUCCCAAGUGACGCAGCUUCGUGAUGAAAAUUGAUUUAGCUAGUGAUAUUUCAAUUCCUUAAAUUAAUUAUAUUAUAAAUUAUCUGCCUACUUUUUCUGUUGUUUUUCCCGUAUUUGAGACAAUAAUUUGCUGUCAAAGCCAAGGAUUAAUGAUGUGCAGAAUCACAAAUAUAUGUAUGUUUCUUACAUAGAUUAAUCUUCAAAAAAUAGAAGACUCAUAUGUCUAACUGUCCCAGAAGAAAAAAGCUAAUCGUCAAUGUUUGACGAAUUGAUUUUCAUAAUAAAUAAAAGAAUAAAAAACAUACUACGAAAUUCAAAGACUUCAUGCACCACACUCAGCGAACCUUGUGUGUAUUUUUAGGCUUUUUAACAAAAGAGCAAAAAAGAAAACUUAAAAAAACGUCACAUUAUUAGUGGCGAAGUAUGUUCAAAUUUAUUCGAAAGAAAAAAAAAAAGUAAAAAUUUAUAUACCUAUUAUGGAAUAGAAUCAGUAUAAGGAUUUACGCGUUCGAGUUGUUAAAAAUUAAUAAUUUAUAUUAACAAAUAAAUACCACAAAUUCAUUUUACUACUGGCUUGCUAGUAUUGGAAGUACAAAACAAUUACUUAGCAGAAUACUCUUUCUGGACACAUUUAUUUGUGGUAAAAGUGGUUACGAUUCACAUGAUGAAUUGUAUCGAUAUAGCAUCGAAUUAUUAAAAUAAUAUCUCCGUAGCUCUAUUGUACGUACCUACCAACUUAUGUGAAAUUCUGUCCAUACGUUGUAAUUUACAUACUGAUGUAUGAACAAACUUUCCGUACCUACCAGUAGCUGCCUCAAACCUUUUUGAAUUAUUGUAGAUUCAAGUUUUGUCAAAGAAUUAACCACAUCAGUUCGGUGCCAGAAUUGGUAUCGAAUUGAAGAAUAACAAUAAUUGCGCAUAUGUUUGUAUCUAGAUGUGUAACAAUACGAUUAGCUGUGUAGACCCUAUAUUUUCGCGAUUUUAAGUAUCGUAGUUUACGCGAUGAUUUGUCAUUUUCUGAGAUUACAUGAUUUUAUGAAUUUGUAAUAAUAUAUGUUUCUCAUUAUGUAUUGUACGUAUAUUUAAAAACGAAAACGUGGAAAACAAACAAAAAAAAACAAAAAAGAAAAUCAACUAAAAAUGGAAACUAAAUCAACGGAAGCAAGUCAAGACAUAUCCAAUUUGUUGAACAAGAGAUACAUAUUACUUUUUAUACUUUAGGAUUAUUUAUUUUAUUCAAAAUAUGAUAUUAAUUGGUACGCGAAAGCGGUGCGUUUUACAAUUAAUUACGUUUUCGAAAUUAGAAUGUUUUGAUUUGAUAUCUGCUAUUAUAAUAUAUAAGAGACAAAAAAAAUAAUUUUAAUAAAUCGUAACGAUUUCGUCAUUCAUCUAAUCGAAAUAUUACGAUCCGUAUGGCAUUUGCACAUAAGUUUUGUGUGACUCAAUUGUGUACCAAUAAUGCGAUUCUUGUUAUCUAAAAUUCCAGGCGACGACUGGAAACGAGGCUUGGUUUGUUAUUUCUUUCCUCUUUUUUUUUCACAGUAGGAAAUUGAAGUACUCCUUACGUUCAUUAAGAAAACCAAUUACUGGUUUUAAUAAUUAAUGUUGUUGCAACACAUGCCCGUUACAUACGUCUUUUGUAUGUUCACCCGACGAAUAAAGGAUCUCAAAAAUCAA